UGACAUUUCGCCUGGCAGACUUCGGCCGUCCUCCGUGCGUCUGACGUCAUCGACGUCGAACGGGACUGUUUGUUCUGGAUUUGGGGCGAGGAAGGUCCGCGAGCGCUGACAACCAACUGAACAAGGUGUGACAUCUGUGUGUUGUGGUUUCCUUGCCCCCACAGCGUGUCACAGAUAAUCCUCCGGUGUUACCUCAGGAAAUCGCCGCCUCACCAACUGAGAUAUGAUCACACAAUUGGAUUAGAUAACAGCUGCACAGCAACAAACAUAGAGUCGAGUGGGGAGUGUAAUGGCCUGAGGGGGCUUCCCCCGGUCCCGCCUGCCCCUGCCAGGUCCAAUCUGCAUAAACUGUCUGCUCAGCCACUGCAACGCACCUCCGCGAUGGGAGACGGACUGGAGGCAGGCAGCAGCCAGAACCCUCCCUCUGCCCCACCGCCUCUCCCCUUCAACCCUCCACCCCCUGAAACAUGGAACCCCAACAGGCCCAAACGACAGACCAACCAGCUACAGUACCUGCUUAAAGAGGUGUUGAAGCCAUUAUGGAAACACCACUUUGCAUGGCCCUUCCAAGCUCCUGUAGAUGCCAUCAAACUCAAUUUGCCUGACUACUAUAAGAUCAUCAAGACCCCUAUGGACAUGGGCACGAUAAAAAAACGCCUGGAGAACAACUACUACUGGAAUGCCCAGGAGUGUAUCCAAGACUUCAACACCAUGUUCACAAACUGCUACAUCUACAACAAGCCUGGAGAUGAUAUUGUCCUAAUGGCGGAGGCCUUGGAGAAGCACUUUCUCCAGAUGAUCACACUGAUGCCGCAGGAGGAGACGGAGAUUGCCGUUGUCACCAAGGGACGACGAGGGGGCAGACGUGAGCCAGGUCUGAUCAAGUCAGAUUCAGGCCAUGAGUCAUCGUCCCCCUCCACCACCCCCCACACACGAGGCUUCUCCUCCCCUUCGACCACCCCACAGACCCGCGCCGCACCUGUCCCUCAAGGCCCGCCCACCCUGUCUCUGGGCCAGCCUCCGCCCCCACGUGUGCCUCCCACACCACCCUCCCACGCACCAUCACAUGCACCAUCACAUGCACCCCAUCUGGGACCUGCGUUUCCCCUCUCAACACCUGACAUCCUGGCCCAGGGCAUGACCUCUGUUCCCCCUCCAGCCCCAACGCACCAAGGCCUCCAUCCUGCCCCGAUGCUGCAGAGCAGCCCUUCCCUCAUCAAGCAAAGGAAGAGCCAGAAGAGGAAAGCAGACACCACCACACCCACGGCCAACGACCAGCUCAGUGAAUCAUCUCCGGUCUCUGCCGAGACUCGGCCGCGCCGAGAGAGCAGUCGUCCGUCUAAGCAACCCAAAAAAGAACCUUUGCAGCCGGACUCUCAGCAUCACCUGGGAGGCGGUUUGGAGACGGGAGGGACAGUCACGCAGAAGCGGCAGGAUCAGCUGCGUUUCUGCGCGCGCCUCGUCAGAGAAAUGCUGUCUAAGAAACAUGUAUCAUACGCCUGGCCAUUCUACAAGCCUGUUGACGUAAGAGCUCUUGGCCUCCAUGACUACCACGACAUCAUCAAGCACCCCAUGGAUCUCAGCUCCAUCAAGAAAAAGAUGGACAACAGACAGUACAGAGACGCUCAAGAGUUUGCCGCAGACGUCCGGUUGAUGUUCUCUAACUGUUACAAGUACAAUCCCCCAGACCACGACGUGGUUGGCAUGGCGCGCAAAUUACAGGACGUGUUUGAGAUGCGUUUUGCCAAAAUGCCUGAUGAGCCAGAGGAGCCCGUCCCUGUUCCCACCCCGUCGUCGGCCCUCCACCCUGCCCCCUCUAAUCGACAAGCCCCGCCUCUUUCUGCUGUCUCGGAAGACGAUAGCUCCAGUACCUCGGAGUCGGAGUCCUCCGCGGGAGACUCAGAACACGAAAGGCAACAGCGAUUGGCUGAGUUACAGGAACAGCUCAAAGCUGUCCAUGAACAACUCGCAGCACUGUCGCAGCCCCAAGCCAGCAAGCCCAAGAAGAAAGAGAGGGACAAGAAGGAGAAGGAGAAGGAGAAGAAGAAAGAAAAGCACAAGAAGAAGAUGGGAGCAGAGGAAGCUGUGGAGACACCUCCAACUGUCGUGCUUCAGACUUCUAAGAAAAACAAGAGCAGCAAGGAGCUGAACAUUGUUAAGAAGGAGAGGAAGAAGCCUGGUAAGAAAGAAGGAGUUAAAAAUAGCCGCCCACCUCUGCCGCCUCAGCCUGGGCCAACUCCUCUCGUCCCCUCCGCCUCUCUUGAAGCAGAGGAUGACAUAGAUGCUUUCGGGGGCGUGUCCACUGAGAGGGGCAAGCCGAUGUCGUACGAGGAGAAACGCCAGCUGAGCCUGGACAUCAACAAGCUGCCCGGCGACAAACUGGGCCGCGUCGUGCACAUAAUCCAAACGCGCGAGCCCUCGCUGAAGAACUCCAACCCGGAUGAGAUCGAGAUCGACUUUGAGACUCUGAAGCCCUCCACGCUGAGAGAGCUGGAGAAAUACGUGUCCAGCUGCCUCAAGAAGAAGAAAAAGCCAUCAGCAGAAAAGCCUCUGGAAACAACAAAUGUGACAAAGAUGAAGACGGGAUCCUCAUCUUCAGACAGCAGCGACUCCUCUGAUAGUGAAGACUCUGAGAAUGGGCUGGUUCCCAAGCAGCAGAAGAAGACCUCGUCUAACAAGGACACCAAGAGACCCCACCAGCCCCUCAGUAGCGGAGCGGGCCCAGUCGCUCCUCAGCCUCAGAUUCCGCCUCAAGUGGUCCAGUCCAAACCACCGUAUGUCCCGCCGCCGCCUGUCCACGUCCCUGUCCCGUCUCUGGACUCGUCCCAGCUGUUGAGCUCUGGAUUUGAUCCUCUGGCUCAGUUCAUGAACCCUCACCUGACGCAGUCGAACACAGAGCCGAAUCCAACCAUUACUACGGCCGGUGCCCCCGUCGUGCCCGGCCUCCUAAACGCGAACACACCCACCGGCCAGACGCCCACCGAGACGCAUCCUUUCCUAAACCAACAUCCCAUCUUACCUUCACCAGCGAUCCACAAUGCUCUACCCCAGCAACCAUCGAGACCGAGCAACCGAGCAGCGCCACUUCCUCCAAAAAUCCUGCAGCCUCCCCCGUCCUCACUCCCCACCCUGCCUCCAUCCUCCUCACCCCAGCUUCAGCCCUCGCUUCCACUCACCCUCCCCCAGCCCGUCCCGCGCCCCCGCGUCCCUUCACCCCCAUCGCAUGGCAUCUUGGGCACCCUCUCGGCGCAACCCCCACAAGCCCUGCUGGAGGACGACGAAGAGCCGACGCCCACCAGCGCUGACAUCACGCCCCUCAGUCAAGUUCACACCUUCUUGCAGUCGCUCCAGCCUCGACCCACCCCGCAGACCCAGCCGCUGCACGCGCACACCCAUUCACCUGCGCAGGUCGCCUCUCAGCUGGUGCCGUCGCUGCACACGCAGGCUGUGACCACGCCCACCCCGCCCCUGAUGCAGCGGCACAGCUCAGGCCACGCGCACAUGCGGCAGCCGUUCCCACAUACGCACACGUCGGCGUCGCAGCAGCAGAAGGGGGUGGCCCUGCAGCAGAAGGUACAACAGAUGCAACAACAACAACAUCAACAACAUCAACAGCAGCCAUCACCGCGCAGCAAGCCGGAGCCUUUCUCAACAGGUUGCCUGCGUGAGAGCCCUUCUCCCCUGAUGAUGCACUCUCCUCAGAUGCCUCAGUUCCAUCCGAUGGGACAACAGUCACCCUCACAGACCAAGAAACAUGAGCAGAGGUCCAACCUGGUGGCCGUCAAAGAAGAGAAACCUUCCCAGUCGCCGGUUCUGCCGCCCUCGCCCUUCAGCCCUGCCAUGCGUCAAGACUCACACAAACCGGACAGCAAACACAGGUUGGAUCUAAAGUCAAUGGAUGGUUCUCGUCCUGGUUCUCGCCUCCCAGACUCUCCAGCGCCCCCCUGCUCCCAGCAAGACAUCAAAAUCAAACAAGAGCCCAAAACUCCCAUUGCUCCCAAGAAGACACAGGAUGUGAAGUUAAAGAACAUGGGUUCUUGGGCCAGCCUCGCUCAGAAGUCCCAGUCGACGCCGGCCUCCGCCGUGCGCUCCUCCAGCGACAGCUUUGAACAGUUCAGGCGGGCCGCCAGGGAGAAGGAGGAGAGAGAGAGACAGCUGAAAGCCCAGGCAGAGCAGGCGAGGAGGGAGCAGGAGAAGCUUCGUAGCCGCGACGACGAGGACACCAUCGAGCACGCGCGCCGAGCACAAGAAGACGCCCGCCGUCGCCAGGAGCAACAGUCACCACUUGCUCCGACACCUCCAGCUUCCACCCCUCCCACUCACUCCCCACAGGCCCCACCUGUACAGCAACAGGCCCCGCCCCCGCCCUCCGCGGCUGCACAGAACACUCCCGACCAGCAGAGGGAGAUGGCCCGCCGCCGUGAGCAGGAGAGGCGCAGGAGAGAGGCGAUGGCUGACACCAUCGACAUCAACUUCCAGAGCGACCUGAUGGCCAUCUUUGAAGAGAAUCUGUUCUGAGAGGGAUAAAGCCGAUAAUGGGAGUGAGAGAGGGACACAGUAGACACACAGACACAGUUUAACACAAGCAUAUAAACCACAAAGCUCUGAUGCACCUGGUCGCUGCUCACUCACACACACACACACACAUAAACAAACACACACAUAAAUAAACACACACACAACUUGAUAGUAACUGUCCCUUUCUCUCAGUAGUUGAAACAGCUGGCUUGUGUCAUGUGAAUGAGAGGGGGGAGUUAAAUUAAUGCCCUCUUCUUUUCCUCCAACCUCAGAUACGUUUUGGUGUCUGGUUUGGUGUUUAUGGUUGUUUCCACGGACGGCAGGUCGAAUUUAAAAAAAAAAAAAAAAAAAAAAAAAAGGACAGUGAAAUGAUAAGUCGGCUCCCUCGAGCAGAAACAAGAAAGACAGGAUGAACAGGAGGGGACAGAACUUUUACAUUUAAAAAGAUAAAUAAUGUCGGCGAAGAGGUGAAUUUAAUUUAAGAAAUUAAGUUGACAAACCUUAUUCUCUAGUGUCCUGAGAGGAGAGAAGAUGGUUUAAAAAGCAACGGGUGAACAAAUUACAAAUGGACAGAUCACUUUUUUUUUUUUGUUGGUUUUUUUUUCCUCUCUUUUAAUUAUGUCUCUUAAAAAAAAAAGAAAAAAGAAGAUAUUUGAAGCUGGAUUUUAGCUGCGAGGGGUGGGCUGGUGUGGUCUAGUUUAGUCAGGCCCAGCGGUCGUCUGAGAGUCGUUCGCUUUCCUCAGGACACGGUGGGAACGCAACAGCCCCGGCCACAUUUACACACUUUUCUAAGACACCCUUCCUCCCUUCACUUCCUUCUAAUUCUCUCUUCACUCACUAAUUGGAGAGCUGGAGACUUCAGGUGGUGCUCGGUCUGCGUGAACAUCCGAGGGCGACGAGGAAGGAACAUUUUAAAAAGUCUCCGAGUGUGUCCUUUGCCUUAGCGCUCUGGCCUGUAAACUAACAAUCAUACCCUGCAAAUUAUACAUGUUAUAUAUAUAUAAAUAGAUACAUGAAUAUAUAUUAUAUACGACGAAAAGUCACCGAAAAAGAACAUGAGAGGAAUUUGGAUUUCGGGGGAGCAAAGCUCGUCUCUGUGUUCAUCUCUGAGCUCUGGUUUUGAUUUUGUAGAAUUUACUGUAAAGAAGAAAAAAGAAAAAAAAGAAAAAAAAAAAACUUUUUUAUGAUUCUAUUGAGAGGAUUGUUUCGUCUGUCUUAUUCUCUCUCAUAACUUUUUUCUGUUCAUUUUUUUUUUUUUUUCUCGACUCUAUGCCAAAACCGAUCUAUUGAGUGCUGAAAGUUCAUUCACAUUUUUUUACAUGUAAAAUGCAUUUUCUUUUCACUUUAUAUUAAAGGCUAUGUUUUUAUUGCUAUUUAAUUUUCCUUUUACCCCCUUUUUAAAUCCGAAGUCAUGCAGCAGUUUUUGCUCUGUAAUAGCUUGAAGAAGCGGUUCCAAAAUCUCUGUACGCCCCCGUCAUUCUGUAGGUGUUCGAUAUCUGCACUUAACUACUUCUUUACUGGCAUCUUUUUAAUUACUUCCUGACAUCAUGUACAUGUUUUGUUUUUCUUUUUUUUUAGCCUCUCUUAGCCGUCGCGUCCUCCACUAUCUCCCUCACAGCUUCUACAGUCUGUAUAAUAGGUUUUUUGUUUUGUUUUGUCUUUUUAGUUUUUAUUUUUUAAAAAAUCUUUCAUCGUCCAUGGUAACUCUUUCGGGAUGUCGUGUGCCAUUGUGUGUUUCUGGAGGCAGGAGCCUUUCCUGGUUUCCUUAGGUUGGCCCAGAGAUCUGUGAGUGUUUUCGAUUCUAUAAUCACUUCUUUUUUUUUUUUUCCCCUAAAUGUUUCAUUCAUUUCUUUUUCCCCCUUUCAUAUUUGAUUGUUUCUGAGUUUACCGGUAUUCUUCUUUUUUUCUUUUUGCUUUCUCUGAUUUUAUUUUACCCAGAACAACCUGUUGGUAUGUUGGUGAGUGAGACAUUGAGGUCAAUAGAUUCAUCUUGUUCAGAUUAUGGAGUACAACAUCUUUUUUUAAGAAAAGUAUUAAAAUAAUAUUUAAAAAAAAAACAAACAAACCUGUAA